AUGAAAUGUUUACCGAAAGAUCAUCCGGAUAUUGCAAUGUCAUACAACAACAUCGGAGGAGCUUAUCAUGCGCGAGGCAGCUACGUUGAAGCUUUCGGAAAUUACGAGCAAGCACGGCAAUUUGGAACAAGAUGUUUAUCUAUAGAUCAUCCAGACAUGGCAACGACGUACAACAAUCUUGGAACAGCUUAUGGAAAACAUGGGAAUUAUACUGAUGCUCUGAAUUAUUUGCAUGAAGCACUUCGUAUCUGGUCAAAAUCCCCACUUGAAAAUCGUCCACAUAUUGAGGUAGUAUAUGAAAAGAUUGUUGAAGUUUAUAACAUAGUGAAGGCAAACAUACUGAAGCGUUGA